AUGUUUAUUGGUGGACUCAACUGGGAUACCACAGAUGAGGGCCUUCGCAAAUACUUUUCACAGUUCGGAAAGGUCGAGGCAUGCACAAUUAUGCGCGAUGCUGCAGGCCGUUCCAGAUGCUUUGCGUUCUUGACCUUUGAGGAGCCAGCGUCAGUCAAUUCAGUGAUGGUUCGCGAGCAUUUCCUCGACGGCAAGAUUAUAGACCCCAAGCGCGCCAUCCCCCGCCAGGAACAUCAACGAGCGACUAAGCUGUUCAUUGGAGGCCUCGCGGGAAGCGUGACCUCGGAGUCUAUGCGGGAGUAUUUCUCCCAAUACGGCAAGGUUGUCGACGCGACGGUUAUGUUGGACCGAGAGACCGGACGCAGCAAAGGCUUCGGGUUCGUCUCGUUCGAGAAUGUAAACGUCGAACCGCUUCUGGGUUUCGGAAACCUCGAAAUCGAUGGCAAGCUGGUGCGCACGUUGUUUCCCUGA